UAAAUAUAUUAAAUAUCGAAAUCCAACAUUUUUGACCAACAAAGCACAGACGAAGCUAUGCUAAAGCUAGGCUAAGCUUUUCCCACAACCUUUACAAUUGUUGGACAAACGAGCCUUUUUGUGCGUCCUCGUGUUUAUAAUGCCUCUCCCGUCAGACGUGCUAAAGGUGACGAUUGUUAAAGAGGAGGCGCAGGAUAAGGAACAGGAGCGCCCGUUGAUCAAGGAGGAAGAGGAGGAACGCGACAUCAGUCGGGAGGACGCGGACGUCCACGUGAAGCGAGAGGAUGAGGAGGACGAAGAAGCUGAUUGGCCACAUCUUCAUGAGGAGAACAGCGGGGCGCAGUCAAGUGAUCACGUGACCACACAAGCAGAAGAUGCCGGAUCAGAAGCAGACGCCAUUUUGGCUCCACUGUCAGAUUAUGAAGAUGAAUCUCGCGAUAUGGAUGAUCGCAGCGAAGAAAAUAAAGCUUUCAAGCAUUCCGACGAGAGUAAAAAACGUUUCAAAUGUUACGAAUGUGGGAAGAGUUUUGUUCAUGAGCGAAAUCUCGUAACUCACACGAGGAUCCACACGGGAGAAAAACCUUUCGGCUGCUCAGUUUGCGGUAAAAGCUUCAGCCAGAGUGCCAAUCUGCUGGUUCAUGCCCGCGUCCACACGGGGGAAAAACCUUUUGCGUGCUCGCUUUGCAGCGGCAGAUUCUCUCAGAAGGGACAUUUGAUGAGACACAAAGCAACGCACGACCACGACAAACCUUCUCCGUGCAGCUUUUGUAACACCAAUUUUUAUCAUCGAUCGGCGCUACUGGAACACAUGAGGACGCACGUCGGAGAGAAACCGUUCUCCUGCUCCAUGUGUCCCAAGAGAUUCUCGCGGCGCGGAAACCUGCUGACGCACAUGAGGACGCACACGGGAGAAAAACCUUUCGCCUGCUCGUUGUGCGGCAAAAGCUUCUCUCAGAAAGGACAUCUGGUGACGCACGUGAGGACGCACUCGGGCGGAAAACCGUUCUCGUGCGCGUUGUGCUCGAAACGCUUCUCGCAGAAAGGACACAUGAUGUCGCACAUGAGGACGCACCGCACCAAACGCAUCCUCGUCAUCGCCGAUCCUCACGUCAGACAAAUGUGCUGAAAUGCACCGGUUCAUUAUCGCCAGUGCUGCGGAGUAACUUAAUUGCAUUACGUUACCAGAUUACAUAAUUGAAUGACAAAAUGUAUGAAAUUGUAGUCCACUCGAUUACAGGAAGAAAAUGCGUGAUUGCAAUUAGUUGCUUUUGGAAAUUUCCAUUUGAAAAAUAGCUGCAAAAUGUUUGAUUAUUAUUAUUUUUUUUCUUUAUAUCGCGUCCUCCUUCUAAAGCAGACACUUGUGAUUGUCUCUCUCUGGUCAUGUGCCAUUCUGCCGUAGUCUCAAACAUGACAUAUUUUUCCAAAUAUGACCAUGAAGUGCUACCUUGUGGCGCAAUCUCAUUAGUUUGUCUGAGACUUUGAAACGGUUAGAUUCAUACUUACACUUUUCAACAUAUAAAAAGACUACUGACUUGUGAAGAUUUA